CUGGCCACAUCUUUAUCCUCAGAGAGAAUAUAAGGCCAGGUGCACAGAGAGAAGGGCAUCCAGAAUACCUCUGAUCUUCAGCUCUACACCAGCCUGAGACCUCCACCUGUGACCACACCCAGCCACCUACCUGAGCAGAGCCAUACAACAGUGCAGACUCAGCAACUGAACAGCCAAGAUGAGCGAUGUGGAGUUGAAAAAAAUGUCCUUCAAGUCAGGAAUGGAACUGAAGGUCACAGGAGUCCCCAAAUCCAGUUACCGCAGUUUCAUGAUCAAUGUGGGCCAGUCCAGAGAAAGCAUUGCACUGCACUUUAACCCGCGCUUCCACUGUGGCGAUGACCAACAAGUCACCGUUCUGAACUCCUGUAAGGAUGGGCACUGGCAAGAAGAAGUGAGAGACGGGAACUUCCCUUUCCAGCAGGGGAAGGAGUUUGAGGUGACCAUUACCUUCGCCGAUGACAAAUUUUACAUUAAUCAACAUAAUGGCCAUGUGUUGCAGUUCCCCAACCGUCUGGGUGACAAACAAUAUGAUUACAUUUUUAUUGAACAAGCCACAGUCAGUGGCAUAAAUAUCAAAUAAUCGGGAGGUGCUAGCCAGCCCAUUUCUGGCUCCCGAUUGGCUGAUCUGCUUCUGCAUCCUGCUUCCUUCCUACAGCUGUGCUAUGACUGCACUUUGUCUCUCAUGAAUGAACAUGAACGUAUGUCAAGGAUCACAAAUUCAGCCUUCAGUCAACUUGAUAAACAUGUUUUACAAUAUAUUCCAUGCUAGUUAGUGGUGUUUAUAAUGGCUCUUUAAUGCUGAUUGUAUUUCAUACAUUUUUCAUCAACUCAGCUGGAUGUUAUCUGAGGACAUUCAGAUCAGGUUUCUCCAUAAAAGGAGAGAUGUUGAAGCACCUGGGGCCUGAACUUUCACCUCACUGAACGUGCACCUCACAACUGCAAUUCCCUAACUAGUGGCCACACGGACAUGCACAGAAAAAGAAUAAUUUGGCUUAUAUGAUGUGAUAAUAAUUAUUUCUUCUUUUUGGAAUUUGGAAAAAAGUACAUGUCCAUCUUCAUCUUUUGGCUUAAUAACAGUUUAAGAAAGUGGCUCCAAAAGGGGUUAAAGGAAGCCUGGUUGUCCUGUCAGACUCACAGUGGGACGGGUCACCUUGUUCUUGGAGUGAGUUUUCUUCCAUUAUCUGAGCCACUCAAGAGAAGUCAUUUUAGGUUUAUCACGCAUACUCUCUGGAAAAUAUAUUAAUUCAUAAAUAAAUAUUUCUUUAGCAGACUGGA